AUGCAAUCACCGUCCCAAUGUCCUUCUCCCCCUUCAGGUCAACGUGAAGGUCAUACCAAGAACAUAGCCACGCCGGUGACUAACGAAGAAGACCCUAUGGUAGCCGUAUCUGCUGUGAAAGGCAUUCUCGCUGGGGGGGAUUCACAGCCUGUUGGUGACGUCGAUUCUCAUGCCGUGUCUCCGGAUCCUGUUCCAUUUGCACCUACUCUAGGAGCUUGGGAAAAACCCUUGAAGAUUCAUCUUCCUUCUUCUUCUUCAGGGUCGACCGUACCAUGGGACGCUGGUUCGAACCUCUUCCAAGAUCCGUCAGACACGUCGCAGUUGCCAUCUUUCUCUUCAUGUCAACGUGAAGGUCACACCAAGAACAUAUCCAUGGAGGCGCUUGGAAGUACGGCAGACGUUAUCGUCGCAAAGAAUGGUGGAAAUUUUACAACCGUGACGGAGGCGGUCGCCGCCGCUCCGGAGAAUAGCAAGACGCGGUAUACUAUAUUCGUGAAGAGAGGCACUUACCUAGAAAACGUGAUCAUCGGGAUAAAUAAAACGAAUCUAACCAUCUUGGGAGAGGGAAGUGACUUAACAACUAUCACCGGCAGUUUGAACCACGCUGAUGGUAAAGGAACAUACGAUUCGGCAACACUUGAUUAUUAUUGA